GAGUCACUUCCUCGUGUUUACUUCCUUAUUUGGCAGGAAGGGGCUGUCUUUAUUUGACUAGGGAGGAAAAUGGUGGAAAGAAAAGACAGACGGUUUCAGUAGACUGAGAGAAACCAACUGUUUUAUCUCUGCCUCCAGAUUCCAGUGAACCUUAACGUGGCAGAAGAAAAGCAACAGCGAUGGCUGACGCAGGACAGAUCAAGAAAACUGCAGUCAAGGUGCUGUGCUGCGUGGAGAAGCUGUCGUCCUUCGCCUCCUCCAUCGACCCCAUCUUUGGCAUAGUCUCCUCCCUGGUUGGGGUGGCUCGCAAGGGCCUGGUGGACGAGAAGGGCCACGCUCUAGACAAGGACUUCCAGGCGAUCAACACUAAACUGGAGAGCAUCUCCCAAAAGAACCAACAAUGCCUGAGGAAGAUCCGCAUCGACGAGGUGAACGAAACCUUCGGCAAGUACGAGGAGUACAUCAAGCACCAGUAUGAUGCCUUCAACAGCAUGGUGGUGAAUGUGAAGAAAGAUCCAGACAACACCCAGCGCUACAUGGAGAACUUUGAGAAGAUUUAUGAGAGAGACAAGAGUGACAUGAGCCUGGAUGUCUACUAUCGCGGAGUGAUGGGUACCAGCUCGCUGUUUGGAAGACCCCUGCUCAAGGUGUACCUGGACAACUGCGAUGGCGACCGUGAGAUCAUGGAGCACCGCUGUUCACACAUCGCCCACCUGUUCCACAUGGGCCUCAUCGCCCUCAUGGCCUACACAGCUGUUACAGAGGACGAUGAAGACGAGGUGCGGGAGAAGUGGGCCAAGAGGGUGGAGGACAUCCAGAAGAAGAUGCAGGACGUGCUCAGUCAGUGCAAAGACAAUUCGUCCUGAACAUGGACCGGCAGAGAGAGGACGUCCUCUGGGUUUGGUGGCAACACUGGGAACAAAGUGUACUCUCAGCUGUGGACCAAUGAAAAAAAAUACUAAUUAUGUUAUAAUAUAUAUAUAUAUAUAUAUAUAUAUAUAGUAUAAAUAAAACCAAAGCCAUGUUUUGUGCACUUAAGCUGCACCUGAUAUUCUUAUUGCAGCAUUUUAGUUAUUGUAUCGAUAUUGUAUGUUAUUUUUGUUUCAAAGAGACCACUAUAUGUUUCAGCUGCUUUGUGUUACAGUCCAUGUCAAUACAUGCUGAAGUUUUAUUCAAUCUCUUCAAUUAAAAUGUACAAAUUAUUAGUUGA